AUGUCCGCAACUGUAUUUACUGACAGAAAUUCUACGGCUACUCAAACACGUCGUACUCCAACAAGAAAUGAAGAUAUUGGAACGAAUUCACAACGUAAUACAAAUCAUCGAAGUUUAAGUGGUAAAUUUCGAAAUUUAUUUCGAAAGAAUUCAGCUUCACCUAAUCGUACGAUUAGUAAUGAUGAUUUUCUACCACCUCGAACACCACUUACACCACCACCGCCAUUACCACGAUCACGUCAAAGAUCUCCAUCACCUGAACCAUUACGUGCAUCUACGGAAGCACCUCAUCUUCGUGCACCUAUUGUUGAAUGGCCAUUUGGAAAGAAAAAACCGAAGGCACCAUCAGACACAAUAAGUAGUACAAAGAAACCAAAAAAUAGUCGAAAAUCUAAGAAGAAUGCAAUACCAAUGGUAGAAAUUUCUAAUCCAGUUUAUGUCCCAGAAAAUCAAACAUCAAUACGUGGUCAUAAUUUUGUUCCACGAACACCAGAACUUGCACAUGGUGGUACUGGACGAACUCUAUCAUCAUCAAGUUAUGAAACACCAACAAAAGGUUUUCGUGAUUUUACCAUUAUUGAUACUUCAAAAUCAUCUCAACAGGUUGAUCUACCUAAUGUUGAUGUGGUAACACAGCCAUAUAUAUCAGAUUAUCGUCAUUCACCAUCACCAAAUCAUCAACGUUUACCUUAUACAAAUUUUGAAUAUUCCAAUCAUCAUCAUGAUACUUCUAUACCAACACGAACAAUAUCAGACAUUAAUAUCAUUCCUACACCACCACCACAACAUCGUAAAAUUGAUAGUGCUCUACACAGUUUAGCCGAAAACACUCCAAUACUUCCUCAAACUUCUUCUACUCUUCCUUCAUCACUAACUUUUACAACGAAUUCAAAUCAAUGGAAAGGUACAUCAACUUCAUCUCUCAAUAAUAGUGAGAUACGUUCAACAAUACCACCACCAAUAGAUGUUGAUAUACCAAAAUUACAUACACCAUUAGUACCUCUAGGUGUCAAUACAACUAAACGAGAACCAAAACAAACUAAUUUACCAUUUCAUUAUAAUGAUCCAUAUAAUUCAACAUCGACGAUUAACAAAUUAAAUCAACCAUAUAUAGGCACAUAUACUUCAGUGCCUGACACAGAAAGUAUACAUAAUGGUAAUUCAAUAUCAUCGAGACCAAUUCAAUAUAAUACUAGUACAUAUCCUGGAUUAAGUGCGAUUGUUGAACAUCAUAUACAUCCAAAUCAUAACUAUUAUCGUGAACAUCCAUCAAUCAUAACAAAAAAUCCAUCACAAUCAACAAAUCGCUUUGAAACAUCAACUGAAACUUAUAAUGAUUAUAAUCAAUGGUCUCCUAAUACAACAAAAUAUCCACGAUCCCCUUCUCCUUCUGAUGGUUAUAUUCGACCAUUAACACCACCAAAACCUUCUGUACAUCCAGAUGUUAGUGUUAUCUAUGUUGAUCUUGAUGAUUUACGAUCACCAUCUCGAACAUCACAUCAUACUUCAUCAGAAAUUCCAGUAACAUAUCGUAGUUCAGCAACAAUCUAUACGAAAAAUAAAAAUAAUCUUACAAAUGGUGGUGAACUUCGAACAUGGAGUGUUCGUGAUAGUGAUGAUGAUAAUAAUAAAACUCGUAAAACAUCUUCAACAUCAAUAUUUAUUGAACCUACAAACAAUGAUCAUCAAAUUGUACCAAUAAAAACUUCAACUGAACUGCCAUAUACUUCAAAAAUUUAUGAACAAGAAAUAAAUAAACAAAAUGAUAAAAAAGAUGAAAAAUAUCAAUAUACAUAUGGAUAUAACCAAACUCAACAAUAUUCAUAUGAUACACGAUACUAUUCAAGUAGUCGAUAUUCUGAUAAUCUUAAUUCAACUUUAACACGACCAUUAACAACUGCUGAACGAGAUAGUAUCUAUGAUCAAUCGAUUCAUUCAUAUAAAGAUACUGGAUAUAUACAGGAACCUCUUAAUACAACAAUUCCUGUUGAAAAUCCUGAUCUAUCACUUCGUCAUUAUACUUUACAACGUACAGAUUCUUAUCAUGGUCUUGGAAUUGUUAUAUCAACAGAUGCUGAAACACGUUUAAAUCAUCGUAUUCGUGAUGUUGAACCAUCAUCUCCAGGUUCACGAAUUGGUUUACGUAAAAAUGAUCGUAUUGUAAAUGUUAAUGGUAUUAAUGUUGAAAAUAUUGAAUUUGGUGAUGUUCUUAUACUUAUUAAACAAGGUUUAACUAAAAAUCAUUUAGAAUUUACAGUUAUUAAUGAAGCAGUACUUAUUUAA